UCUGACGUCUCUCAGUAAUGACAGCUGAAGCUAGCAGUAGCCCUUGUGGAUAUCAGCUCGGAGAAUCCUGCUUUAUCCAUUUAGUCCGAACAUAACACAGCAAACACAUUUGAUAUGUUUCUGGUGUGAACUACUGUCUAUUGAUUUACUAAUGUCAUUCAGCUGGCAGCGACGCUAGCUUAUCUCUGACGCUAGCUUACUCUUGGUAAUACAAUUUGAGACCUGAAUUUAUACGCAAUGUCUGGACCAAAUGGGGAUCCAAACAUCUCAGCCGACGAUGGUAUUAUAAACGACGACGAUGAAUUUGACGACGAAGAAGAGUAUGAAGCCAUCAACUCCAUGCUAGAUCAGAUCAACUCCUAUCUCGAUGACCUGGAGGAACGCAAUGAUUCACUCAACGGAAAACUGCAUGAACUGAUGGAGUCAAACCGGCAAGCUCGGCUGGAGUUCAGGGCCCAGCUGCUGGGAACCCCGACACAGGAGGAACAAUGUCCUGCAGACCAGGAUUCCUCCUGUCCAGACAAAGAAGAUCUGGAGAAGGAUGAUGGAGAUGAGAAAUGAAUGAUAGAUGUAUUUAUGUAAGCUGACCUUCUGGCUGAUAAAUAUGUGAAUUUACAUCCCAUCCAGAAUCUAUUUUUCUCAUUCGUUCAACUAUGAUGUGCUGAUGUUUGGUUUCUUAGUAGAUUGAACUUUAUUGAGCUCUAAGAGCUUCAUGAACAGCUGUAUCCAUCUGGUGCUUUGGGAAAAUCUACGUCACAUUUGAUAAAAUCUGAGGACAUUGUUGUAAAAGUCUUAAGUUUAACAUCAUGAAGACAAAGUCUUUUAUCAGGAUCAUACUGUAAAAUGUUUGCAAUUUUACUGUUAAUUUCAGCAGCUCAGACUUCACAACCAUACUUUGAUUUUCCUUGAAUAUCUUUAUAAGUACCCAACAUGCUAAGUUAACCUUAAAAUAUACGGUUGUCUGUAUUUCUGUUUUAAUAGAGGAUCUUUGUCUUUGGUGUUGAUGCAUUUGGUGUUAUCAUUCAGCUUUCGAGAACUUUGAAGUGUGUGUUUUUGUUUGUUGUACUGUUAAGCAAAUAUGCAACAUUCCAGGUGUCUAAUUCUGUAUUAAAAUGUUUGAUCUGCA